AAGAAAUGUCCGCAUUGCGACAAAACUGCGGCAAAUCAGAGAUCACUGGCUGUCGCUAUAUCAGUUUGAAUCUUACUUCUGUCAAGUGCUCUCUCUCGGUAGAAAAAGGCGCGCGGACGUAUUUGUGAACACAAAUGGCAGACCAACUAACAGAAGAACAAAUUGCGGAGUUCAAGGAGGCGUUCUCGCUGUUCGACAAGGACGGUGACGGCACAAUCACCACCAAAGAGCUGGGGACCGUGAUGCGGUCACUGGGACAGAACCCUACCGAGGCCGAGUUACAAGACAUGAUCAACGAGGUGGACGCUGACGGCAACGGUACGAUCGACUUCCCCGAGUUCCUGACGAUGAUGGCGCGCAAGAUGAAGGACACGGACUCCGAGGAGGAGAUCAAAGAAGCGUUCCGCGUCUUCGACAAGGACGGCAACGGCUACAUCUCCGCCGCCGAACUACGUCACGUGAUGACAAAUCUCGGUGAGAAACUCACAGACGAGGAGGUGGACGAGAUGAUCCGAGAGGCGGACAUUGACGGAGACGGACAGGUCAAUUACGAAGAAUUCGUGAAAAUGAUGGUCUCAAAGUGAACGCAGCUCAGUAGUGCCCAUUUUCAUUCUAAAUCGUAUCGUCAUGUGUACAGGGCGGACUACCGAGUCCGGGAAACAGGAGUUCCACAGAUCUGCCCUUGGAUAUUACAGUUCACGACAUACAGUCAACGUCAUCAUCCCAGCAAGAGAAUGAUUCACUGCAACCUAAAUCUUAGUUUAAAUUCAUUAACUACACGCAUCUACGUCAUUGUUUUUUUAUUAAUAUUUUUUAAAAUCACCAUGCAUGUGUCUUAAUUUCGAUCGCUGGAAAUUUACAAAAAAGGUGGAAUACAUUUGCUCUUCAUCUACUUGCUUUUGUUAAUAUUUUAGUUAUGUUUUAUAUAUUGAUGCCAAUAAAGUGAUAUUUUAUUUU